UCAGUUCUCCCAGGAGCACGAGAUGUCGCAGCGUGCACGGUGCGGCUGCCGCCUCCGCCUCCCCGUCUCCGCUAAGGCUGCGCUCGAAAGCCAGUUACAGGCGCGGCCGCGCACACUCUUCUGCCCUAGACGAAGGUUGGGCGCCGUGGCUGAGGCUGCUGCUAAGCUGCCGUAGCUGGGCGCGCUGGGAGGCGGCGAGCACAGCUGGGCCGGGACUUCCUUCCUCUACCGCAGGACAACAAAACAACCCGGCAGCAGGCACUGAACUCUUGGCAGCUGUCUGGGCGAGAGACGCAGCCAUGGGCUCCGUGCUUAGCAGCGAUAGCGGCAAAUCCGCCGCCGCCUCGGCCGCCCCGCGGGCCCUGGAGCGCAGGGGGGACCCAGAGCUGCCCGUCACGUCCUUCGACUGCUCCGUGUGCCUCGAGGUGUUGCACCAGCCCGUCCGGACCCGCUGUGGCCACGUAUUCUGCCGUUCCUGUAUCGCUACCAGUCUAAAGAACAAUAAAUGGACCUGCCCUUAUUGCCGGGCAUAUCUUCCUUCAGAAGGAGUUCCCGCAACUGAUGUAGCCAGAAGAAUGAAAUCAGAGUACCAGAACUGCGCUGAGUGUGACAGCCUGGUUUGCCUCAGCGAAAUGAGGGCACACAUAAGAUCUUGUCAGAAGUAUAUAGAUAAGUAUGGACCACUGCAAGAACUUGGGGAGACGGCAACAAGGUGUGUGUGUCCAUUUUGUCAGAGGGAACUGGAUGAAGACAGCUUGCUGGAUCACUGUAUCACUCAUCACAGAUCAGAAAGGAGAUCUGUGUUCUGUCCACUCUGCCGAUUACUACCUAAUGAAAAUCCAGGCAGCUUCAGUGGCAGUUUAAUAAGACAUUUGCAAGUCAAUCACACUUUGUUUUAUGAUGAUUUCAUAGAUUUUAAUAUAAUUGAGGAAGCUCUUAUCCGAAGGGUUUUAGACCGGUCACUUCUGGAAUAUGUGAAUCACUCAAACACCACAUAAUUUUAUUCAAAGGAAAGGAGAGGAGACCAUUCAAUUGCACCAUUUGUUAAGAUGCUGCUCGAACAAUUGGAGGGAAAUUGUCAAUGUUCGAUGGGCAAAAAUGUACAACACAGUUAUAUGUUUGUCUAUGUUUAUUGUUAUAUUGCAUUUUAAAACUGCUUUCAUUGGGAUGGUUUAAAUCUGUUUUACAUUCUUGACUUUCUUAGACACUUAACAAAAAAUAGUCUCCAUCAGCCACCAAGGUAUAGAAGAGAACAUGAGGCAGGAUAUGUGGGUGAACGAUCUUUAUUUGCAAAUUGGAUGAUACUAUGUGUAAUGCUAUAGAUUAAUAACUAUCAUCAUAGUUGGGCAAGAUAACUUAUAUUUGUUCUAUGUAAAAAGAUGGAGAAUGAAACCAAGUAUGGACAUUCAAGGAAACCUGAAAUCUGCUCUAGUGCUUAUCUAAUCUCUAACAGAAUAAUAUGGGUAGCCUUGUAUCAAAGUAGGAAAGGAAAAUCUUGGAAGUCAACAAAGUCCGCUUAACCAAAUUAUAAAACAUAAUACUGUAAACAAAGUAAAUGUGUUAACAAUGUAUACUUAAUCUUUUGACUUUUUAUAACUAUGCACAAUAAGAAUUUAGUAUUGUAUUUUUCAAAUAUUUGUAGCUUAUUAUUUAGAAAUAUUUCUAUAAUAUAGGUAAUUUCUUAAGGACCUUUAGCUGAUAUUUAUAGAAGUGUUCAUAUUCAUAAUUUUUAGUGGAAAAUCCUAAGGGCUUUGAUUUUUUUUUUACUUUUAUCUUUUAGAAAAAAUAAAAUAAAAUAUAAAUACUGAAAACCAAACAGAAAAUGUAGGAAACAGUUUUAGAACUCUGCCAGCCACUCUGGAUGUCCUCUGUGUAUCCACUCACAGUUAUUAGCUGUCUUCCACAGGAGUAACCACUACGGUGAUAUUAAUACCUAAGUGUGUAUUUUUAAUCUGUAGGUUUUUUCUUUUCCUUAAAAUGUAUUAUUAGUUAAGAACUUGGUCUGGAUAGAGUUAUCCACAGCCUGUAUUUUGCUGUUUGCAUACUCAUGGUGCAAUUCAGCAUGUUCCUCUUUCCUCUGAAUAUUGACACAUGGAUCCAAAUAUAAUAGACUCAGGUUUAAUCCUUUUUGGCAAGAUUAUAGGUCAUGGUGUGUUCUUUCAUCAGAGGGCACACAAUGUCUGGUUCUCUCUUUUCGUGAUGUCAGCUGAAAUUGAUACUCAAUGCCUUGAUCCAUUGAUUUAUUGUGAGUUGGAGGAUAUUCUAACCCUAUCAUUUCUCUUUCAUUUAUUAGUUGGAACAUUUUUAUAAAGAGAUGUUUCCCCACAUCUACUAUUUGGUUGACCAAUGGUCAGAUUUGUAUAGGAAAGGGAAAGUAAAUGUUUGUAUUUUCCCUUUAUUUACUAAUUUUCAAGAUAAUAAACUUGUUUCCUAUUUCUUCCAAAGAUCACUUUUUCUUUUUUUUUUUUUUUCAGUGUUAUGAACUCAUGAAUUCAAACAUGUUUGAUAGGCCUCAACCCAUUUCAAAUAUUACCUUAUUGAAGUUCAAAUUGUCCCAUAUCUGGCUAUUGGGAGCCACCCCAAGUUGGUGCUGAGUCGUUUUGACACUACACUAGCCAUCUUUAAUAGUUUCCUUGCUAUCUCAGAAGAUCCAGGCUCAACUUGUGUGUUAUUUGCCCCAGACCUGGAAUCAGCCAUCUCUCUAAAAAGCUUGGUUACUUUCAGUGAGAAAUGGCAUUUCAAAAUCAUAAUCAGGACUCUAUGCAUGCUCAUUGCUAGUAGCUUAGCCAUGCUUUGUAGGAGAGAGCUAGGAAAUACCUAUUUUUUUUCACAAGAUAAGACACUUUCUGAGUUUAUUGUAAAAUUUCCAAGUCAAGUUGAGUACUACAGGGAUUUUACUUAAUCCUUCCUGUUACUACUAUAUCUCCAUUUUCUACACCGAGAAUCUUGGUUUUCAAGAACACAGGGCAUGAUAGAGUUAGACUAUCCCACAAUUAUUCACUUCCUUUAUUUACCUUACACAUGCAGCAGCCUCAGAAUAACAAUGCUAAAACCACCAUCACCAAUAUGGUAACUGAAACAAUUAAAAUUUUUUCAUUUGCUCUACCCAUUCUCUAUUUUUAAAAGUCAUACUAUGUCAGCAUUUCCAGAACAUAUUGGUAUAACAUACUAUACUGUCUCCCUUCUAUCCCCCAUUUAGUCUUACUUCUUCAAAUAACUAUAUAUAUAGUGCUUGUCACUGGUGGUUACCUGAUGACUCUGUUUUUUCAUAUCUGGAUCUUUAAUGAUGAAUCCAGGACAUAGAAUGAUGUUUCUGUAUUGAAAGGAAGAAAAGGAAGCUAUGAAGACUAGUGAUAACAACCGAGGAUAAAAUAUUUGGCUAUACUUAGCUUUUUAAUUGUAAUCAUUAUAAACUUUGUUUCUUACACAUAAAUGUAGUCAUAAUCACGCUGCCCCAAAUGUUUUAUAAUUAUCCAUUCCUUCUUUAAAGUCUUGCUUACUAUUCUGCCAUCCUCUGUGAGGUAAUUAGAAAAACAUAAAACCGGAUGAAAUCUAGAGGGCCUUAUUUCCUCUCUUUUAGAUACUGGCUUCAAGCUUGCUUUUUACAGCUGCAAACAAGUAGGAAGAGGUUUUUAGUUUCACAAGCUCUUGUCCUGCAAUUUGGAUGGACCAUCCAAUAAAGCAAAACCUGCUAGACGACAAGUACAAAAAGAGAGGCAUUUUUCAAAGAUAACCAGACUGAAAAUCUAGUCCCUAAAAAAAAAAAAAAUAAAUAAUAAUAAUAAUAAUAAUAAUAAUUUAUUUCUGAGCAUUAGUACUGAUUAUCCAGAAAAAUAAAGCUUUAUUAAUUCAGAGCAACACAAAAGGCAUCUUUAAAUCUGUAAAACAAAAAAACUUCAAAACGUUGAAAACCAUAUUUUAAGGCAAGCUUUAAAUCCUUUACCACUAUUAACUUCAGCACAGCAAUUCUGCAUCCUGUCCCUGGAUUCCUCUUAGGAUAAUUUUGCCACCUACAGGACAAACGAGGUGCUGGCCGCCUGAAUUAUUUUGCCUUCUGAAUUAAUUAUCUUGAGGUCUAACAUGGUGAAGUGCAAAUGCUCAUUGUUUCACUGUGCCUUUAACCGUUUAUAAAAAGGAAUUGACAAUUCAUUGUUUCAAAAAAAUGAAAACCGUAAAUCAAACUCUCAUACUGUACAUCUUAAACAUAAGUAUACAGUGAUGUAUGUCCAUUAUUUCUCAAUCAAACCAGGGGGUUGGGGGGGGUGGGAUGAGAACCAGUAUUUGAAGCUGUUGACUAUUAACAAAAUAUUUUACUUUCUCUAUAGUGCUUCAAGAUGCAAUUUUUUCAAGACCUUAUAAAGGAAAAACUGGUUCACGUGUUACUCUUUAAAGAUCAAAUUCUUCUAACCCAACACAAACCUACGGAGAUUUUCCUCUGUGGGCUUUUUAACCCAAGUUUCUAAAUUGUAGCUUGAAAAAUUGGAUUGUGAAUCUAGGAUAAAGAGAGUUUCAGAUCAGAUCUCCUAAGAGAGAUCUGCUUUGUUUCUUUACCUGGUGUUAGGUGUCUUUCAUUUCGAAGUGAGUGUACUCCAGUUAUUCAAUGUUUAUAGUAUCAUUUGUACCUUUAAACAUUGAUUUUAGGGAUUUUAAAAAGUCACUGAGAAAUUCAUUCCUUUAUUACUCAACUACAACAACAAAUCUGUAUAGUGAUCAGAAUUUAAAAUGUACAAUUCUUUUCCUUCUGUAAAUAUGUAUUAUUGUUAGAAAUAAAGAAUGGCAGGACCAUUGCUUUCACUAAAAUA